AGCUGGCUGUAGUAAUUAUUCCUGUGGUGUUGGUGGCGCUGCGCCGCCGGUGCGCCCUGACUCAGCCUCUGUGGAGUAUGGCUGUUGGAAGUGACGGACAUGACCGGGUGAAACUUCGUCUUUUCGACUAACGGGACGCGGAUCGCUUUGAAAAUGGGGCAGUGCGGCGUCACCUCCUCCAAAACGGUCCUGGUCUUUCUGAAUCUGCUCUUCUGGGCUGCUGCUGGUAUCUUGUGCUAUGCUGGAGCCUAUGUCUUCAUCACCUAUGACGACUAUGACCACUUCUUUGAAGAUGCCUACACGCUUAUCCCUGCGGUGAUCAUCAUUGCAGUUGGAGCCCUCCUUUUUGUGAUUGGACUUGUUGGAUGCUACGCUACAGUGAGGGAGAGCUAUUGUGGCCUUACAACGUUCGUCGUCAUUCUUCUGCUGGUUUUUAUGUCAGAGGUGGCAGUGGUGGUUCUUGGAUAUGUUUACAGAGCAAAGAUUGAAGAUGAAGUGAACAGCUCCAUCAUAGAAGUUUAUGAAAAGUACAACGGCACCAACAGCAACUCCCAGAGCCGGGCCAUCGAUUACGCCCAGAGGCAGCUCCAGUGCUGUGGAAUCCAUAACUACACAGACUGGCUGAAAACACGCUGGUAUGAAGAAACCAAAAACAACAGCGUGCCCAUUAGCUGUUGCAAAACUACUGUUCCAGGCUGCACAGGGUCUCUUACCCAUCCAGAGGAUCUCUUCCAAGAAGGUUGUGAAGCUCUUGUUGUGAAAAAGCUCAAGGAGAUCAUGAUGUAUGUCAUCUGGACUGCACUGACAUUUGCCGCCCUUCAGAUGAUGGGGAUGCUGUGUGCGUGUCUUGUGCUUUGCCACAGAAGCAAAGAUCCGGCCUAUGAGCUUCUUCUUGCAGGCGGCACUCAAGCUUGAGAAGAACAAAACUCACCAUGACCCUCUUUUAGAAUGGCCAUGGGCGACAGCAUGUCAAAUCUGUUACCACACUAACCUCAACCCACAGUUUGGACAGUAAACACACGUCUUCAAACUGUUCUACCUACAAGCUUUUGGCUGAAGUGAUCUAUGGUUAGUAAAGCAUUUCAAUUUUACUUUAAGCAUUUAAACACUGACAUGAUUUUCAUUGGUAGUUUGCACUGUGUAUGAACUUUCUACUAUAUUAUAUAUAUUCUAAAUCAGUUACUUAACUUAAACAAUGAGAAUAUUCAUUAUUUACUAUCAGAACAAAUAUUUAUUUAACACUAACUCUUGGUAAUUGGGAAAAUUUGACCCUUUUUCUAGUAUAUUGUUAAAAAAAAAAGUAUACUAUUGGACCCCAAGUCAAUAGUGUUGUCAAUUUAGUUUAUCUUUUCUGACAUAUACCUGGUUUUGAUCAAUGUUUUUGUCUUUUGUUAUUUAGUAUCUUAAUUUGCAUGUAAAAUGGAGUGUAAAACAUUAAAUUAUAUAUUUUCUGUUUUCUUCA